ACAUUAAAAUACGAGUGGUUGACAACCAGUGAGAAGUUAUAACAACUGGAAAUGGCGGCGAGCGUAACUCACGAUUGAUUGACCUAGUCACUGCUAGUAAACAUUGGAAUUAAGUCAUUCGACUGGAAUAUUGACUGUUUUUUCCUCCUUUUAAUAGAAUACCCUUAUAUCUGCGUCAAUGGACAUGCCGUGAAAGUGGCUUCCAGAACCAUGGAUUGGGGAGGACGUUCAACAACGUCCACCAUGUCCACUGGAGUGGUGGACGAGCUUGCUUUGGAAUUAGAUGAAAAUCUGGCAGACCUCAGCUUGGAAAAGACGAUAACGAGCAGCUUGAAGACUGCUGAAGAAAUCGAGCGACUUACGGUUGAUGAACGUUUGGGUGAUAUCGAGCGUGCGGUCUACUUGCUUAGUUCUGGGCAGGAGGUGCAACGAAUCAGCGUGAUUAAUAACCUUCCCCAGCUCUUACGAGACCACAACAAUGAGGCUAUGCGCAGGGUGGUUCCCAAAGUCAGGGAGGUCCUUCAUCUGGCCAACUGUGAGCUCCAGGAUGCGGCCACCAAGGUGUUUGUCACCAUCAUUGAGGAGCGCAUCGUCACACCUGCCGUCUACGCCCAGAGCUUCCUGCAGACCAUCCUCACUAACGUGGACAACAGGGAUCCAGAUAUUUCAGAAGCGUGGUUGGAGGUGCUACUGCAGGUCAUCACCUGCCUACCCAAGGACAUCCUCAAGAGAGACGUCUUGACAGUAGCAGUGGCUAAAGGUCAGUUGUCUCAGUCGGUGCAGUCCCGAUUGGCCAGUUGUCGCAUCCUGGGCAAGAUAGCCACUCGCUGUGAUUCCUUCAUGAUCAAGCGAGAUAUACUGCCCCUAGUCACCUCCUUAUGCCAGAAUGUGGACUAUGAGGUGCGGGCCUGCAUGUGCAGACAGUUAGAUUUAGUAGCUAGAGGCUUGGGGCUUGAGCCCACCAAAAGUGCAAUACUUCCAGAGUUGGUCGAACUGAGCAAUGAUGAGGAAAGUUGCGUACGAUUGGCCGCGCUGGAGACCAUAGUUAGCCUACUGAGUUUGCUGGACGACGAAACGUGUACGCAGACCAUUAUUCCAUUGGUGUGCAAGUUUUGCGAGACUGCCAUGCGAUGUGAAGACUCCACCUUGCCGGCUGUAGCCAGACAGUUUGGCCGACUCUGUCACGGCCUAUCAGUCAAUCUAACGGAAGACCAGAAGAUCUGGUUCCUGAACUUCUACUGCAAGUUGUGUGUGAUUGGUCUGGUGCCAGACAAAACGAGGGUCAACGACCGACAGGAUGCAUCUAGAGCGUCUAAACAGAGCCCACCAAUCUUAAAUCUGUACAGGGAAGAAGACAGGCAUAUGGAAUGCCGACGACACUGUGCUUUCAAUUUCCCGUGCAUGGUCCUGUUUGCCGGGCCUCGUAACUUCAAGACGGAGCUGCAUGGCACCUUCGCUAGUUUAUGCGACGACCCCAACAAGUGCGUGCGGGUCACCAUGGCCAGUGGCUUCCAUGAGGUAGCAAAGAUGCUUGGCUCCAAUGUACUUACCAUACAAGGCGAACUCAUCAGUCUACUUAAGGACGAUUCGCUAGAGGUUAUUCAGGGCAUAAUUUCUUACUUACCGGACACCUUAGAUGCAUUUGCAAGGGGCGGGGGCAACGUGAUCACAGAAUCCAAGAUUCUUGGGUUUGGGUUUGACAAUCUAUUUCUUUGCCGAAGGGUAACGGGUCUGUCGGACCUCAUCCCAGCCUUGCUGUCGGCUGAGAGCGCCACGGCCGCAUCCCGCAACUGGCGACUACACCGAGACAUACUGGACAAGUACAGCCACCUGCCGCGCUGCCUGACCAGCGAGCAGAUCUACGGCAAGAUCACGCCCAUGGUCUUCAGGCACAUCACUACCCAUAGGGUAUUACCCGUCCAGCUGGCUGCAGCCCGCACGAUAUGCGUCUUUAUGAAGUACAAUCGCAAGCUGGAACAGAGGCAAGAUAUGUGUGGGAAACUCAUUGCAGAAUGCUGUCAUUCCAAGAACCAUCGCUACAGGAAGCUGUUCAUCGAUAUUUGUCACUUCUCUCUGGAACUUUUCUCCAAGUCCUUCUUCAAGGAUAACUUGUACAACUAUGUCGUACAACUUGCACAGGACCCAGUCCCAAAUGUCAGGUUAAAGUUCUGCUCAUUACUACCAUCGCUCAAGGCCCAGUUCAAGUUACCUAAAGACUUGCAGCUAUUACAGCAGCUUGAGACGAUAGUCAGGCGACUCCUCAGCAUGGAGAACGAUCAGGAUGUAGUGACUGCAGUCAGGAGGGCUGUGUUUGAGUUGGACAAGAUUCAGAUGUGUGUUGGUUCGCUGACCUCCAAACGGCAAGCCGAAGACGACCUCCUCGACCAGAAGAAGGAAGAAGACGAGCAGCUCCUCUUGGAGAUGGAGAGGAGAGAACUGGAAGACUCGGAGGGCAAGGCUGGGGGAGGGAGUAAGGCUCCAACCUCCGCCAAGGGUGGAGACAGGAGGAAAACGGGGACGGAGGGCAAGAAUGUUGGAGUCUCCAGCACAACGGCCAGUUCUGCGGCUAAAAAAGUUACUAGACCGGCCAAGACGGGCAGUGCGACGGGUAAGAGACCCCCUCCGUCAUCCUCCAGCAACACGUCGGUCACCUCCACUAACAGAGCGACAAAAACGGGCAAAGCACCCGGCAAGAAGUCGACGGAGAAUGCCACCUUUGCCGCCCCCACGGCCAGCAGUGCCUCCAAGGUGACUAGCAUCUCAGCUAAGGCGGGGAAGAAGUCACCGCCGGUACCUGAAACUAACAACAACAAGCCUGGAAAUAGGCGUAGAGCGGGCUCUGAUGGCCUGAUCUGCCUGUCUUCCAAUGCCAAGACAGCCACCUCAAGGUCUCGGAAAGGUUCGGAUCAGAACGCGAGUACAACUGUGGAUGGCCCAUCCAGCAGCAGUGGUAGCUCCUCAUCUAUCAAGAGAACGUCGAGCACAAGUGAAUCCCGGAAAGGUUCGAGUACGUCGGUAACCAGUCCGCGGGUACGCCAGUCAUCAGCCAGUAAUGUAGCAUCAACAAAUUCAACAACUAGAAUAAAGAAAACGACGGUUAGCAAGUCAUGAGAGAAUGCCUUACAGCAUUGUCAGUUUCACCAGGGUAGAACACUUGGCUCCCAAGUUGCUGUCAACUGGGAAGCAGUGCUGACGCGACCAGUGGACACCUUUGCGAAACCUGGUCCAGCAAUGUCUUGUGCUGCAUCUGCGAGAUGGAGAAGCCCGAGUGACUUCUUCAUUAUUUAGUCGUCGUUAGAUGGAGCAUAUCUCCCAAGCAUUUGCCUUUGUCGGGAACACGUUUAGGAGCCUUGUUUUCGUCAGGGUUUUUGCUCCUUUCGGUAGUGAGCAGCUCAACACUGUGUGGGGACUGAUCAAGCCCUUCUGUCAUAACUGACGCUUGUGCUUGCCAACAGUUGAGCCGUUCUGUGGAGACCUCUUGCUCUACUUAUACCUGCAUACUGCCGUUGUUCUCGGGUCAUCUCGCAAGUCCAACAAGUCAAAUCACAGUCCGCUCACAGUUAAACUUGGGGUGAAUGAGGACAAAGGAACGCCUUUUGUCAAAGUUUAUUUGACAAAAGCUUGUGAUUUGAUUUUAGACUUCAGCCGUUCUUGCUCAAGAUAUACCUGCGUACUGUCGUCGCUCUUGGAUCAUCUUGCAAGGCCCACAAGUCAAGACACAAUCCCGUCACAAGUAAACAUGGGAUGACAGGGAGAGAGGAAUGCCUUUUGUCAAAGUUCAUUUGAAGAGCUUGUGAUUUUAGAC